AUGAAAACGAAUAAGUUUUUAGAUGAAAUACCAUCAAUCUCUAAAGAAGAAAAAGAGAAAGUCAAAAAGAAACUCCUAGUACUGAACACAUUGAAAGACUCAUUAAAAGAACAAUACAAAAAAGCUGAUACAGGAGAAAAGAAAAGAGUUCUUAAACAAGUAGCUCUUGGAACGACAAUAAAAAAUAUAAAGCUUUCUGAUUACGGAUAUGAGCAAGGAACAUGGAACUUUUUCGAAGCAUCAUUCCCUGCUGACGGUGUUGAUGGAGCAAUAAAGAGGAAACUUGACCAGCGUGUAUCUUAUGGACAUGACAUCACAAAUGCUGAAGAAGCAUAUUCUUUUUUACUAGAUAAUGUCAAUGUCGAAAUACACUAUUUUAGCGAAACAAAUAUUGAACAGAUGAAUCAAAUAAUUCUUAAUGUUGUGGUUCCUGUAAAGGGAACUAUGACAUUGCACCACAUAAUUUAUGACCGUCAAAAUAAACAUACAAUUUACUACAAGACUUUGAGCUGUAUUUGUGAUGAAAACGAGCCAUGUGUGUAUGGAGAAGACAUGAAACAGCAUGAUCUUGUGCAGCAACAGCAGACAAAUGAGCGAGAAAACAUGAGACUUAAACAGAAAAGAGAAGAAAAUACACAGUCAAGCUUGGCACUAUCAGCAGACGAUCGUACCAAAAGUAACAGUAAGAAAAAGAUUACUAUAUUAUCUUUAGUCAAACUUACACCCAAAGAUCUUCCCUUAUUGCCGUUGCAACUAAACUCUAUCAACAAAGAUUUUGAUAUUUCUACGGGCCAUGACUUACGUCAUAAAUCUGAAAUCUUAACAACACAAAAAAGACAAAAUGUGCCAAAGAGGCGUAAUGAAAUUGACAAAAAAAAACCGAAAGAAUCAAACGCAUAA